CCUGUGCGUCCUCCGCAGCCAUAGAGACAACGUAACUGUGCGUGUUACGUCAUCUUUGUCUGUUCCGUUGCUGGGCAACCGUGGGCUUCGCUCGGAAAGGAGGGAAAAGGCAAGAAAAACAAGAAGACGGAGAAAGUUGUAGAUUCAAAAUGUCUCGCCCUGCACCCAAAACCAAGCUUGGCAAACUGAAACGACAGCCAACUGUCAAGGAGAUCCGAACACCAACGCCUAAGCCUAAAAAGAAAGAGGAACUUGUUAUAUCUGGUCGCUUAACCCAGAUCCAGUGGGAGGAGAUGAUCCAGAAAGAGACAGAUGAAAUAGUAAGGGAGAUAAUGGAUGACCUGUUAAGCAAAGUCAUGGAUCGCUGUCACAAAGUGGACCUUGAAAGACAGUGUAUACCUCACACUGUGUGUUGGGCUGAGAAUUUCCUGACUCAGGCAGUGCAACACCAGUUUGUGUUCCUGGAUAAGGGAGAUGACCUAGAGGAAACAUGUGGAACAGAGGACUGUGAGCCAGAGCCAUCAAUUCCAGAUUCGUGGGCUGAAGGAUGUUUGCAAGUUGUGCACAGUGAAAAUGACUUUUAUGUCUCAUUGAUGGACUUGCAGCCCGUCCAGGGUGUCCCCCUGCCUGUCCCUGCUCCCGACUUGGGAAUAAGUGGAUGGACUGCAGAGUCAUGACUUCACUCUCACUGUGCCUGGUGGAGCUGGGUGGAGCUGGACAUUUUUUUAAUCCGUUUCUGUCAGAGGAAGACAUCACCUGGAGGGCAUAACACAUCCAUUAUGUUCCAAGGUCAUGUCCAUUUUACCUGAUGUACAACCUUGGUCACAAGGACUGCGUCACAUCAAACUUAGGUGGAGAUAAUUAUUACACCAUUUCACUUUUUUUCCUUGCUCAUCAAAAAGACACCUAGCAGUUCUUGGUUCUUUGAAGCUCUGAAGAAUGCUUUCCUAUUUCUGGCUGACUGGCUGUCUUCGUUCUCGGGACAGAACUGUCCGACAGCUGUCUUCGGAUGAUGAUCUUGUGAUGAUGACCCUUGACCAGCUCACAAUUCCAGGUCUUUAAUGCUGGGUCAUGCUUGCUGACAGCAGAACUUGGGGAGGAACAACUGGAUAGAGACGAGCUGGAUGAGCUGGAGCAUGUCGAGUCGGACUUGGAUAAAGAGCAACAGGAGCAGCAAAGGGAAGGGCUGGAUGAAGACUCAGAAGAUGAGGAGGAGCUUGAGCUUAGUGGGAUGUUUGAAAGUGUAUCAAGAGCAUCAGGGGACUUGAACCUGGAGACCAAGGGGCGACUUUUAGAAAGGUCUGGUGCAGGAAGUCUUUUACGUAUCAGCCACAGAGUGUUUGGUCGGUUGACGUUUUCAACUAAUUUGGUUGUCCAAACGUAGUGCUGACCAGCCUGAAAACAAUAAAUAAAAAACUUCAUACUGCUUCUGAA